GUCGCCAAGUGGGCUUCCGAAAUUUUGUGACUGGUCAGAGAAGAGCGGUUUCAACUGGAUUUCUACGUUUCACCGUAUUCAGUGUUGUUGCUGUUUUACCCGAGACUGAUAAACUUCAACGUGUUUCUGCUACUCUCAAUUUACACCGGUCAUUGAAAUAUCGUUAGUUUUCUUGCAAGCUGCUUUCCAAAAUUUUGAAAAUUUCAAAAUACGCAGUUCUAGACGCUUGGCCGAAUAUGGAUGCUUGACACAGGUGUAUUAGCUGGCUUGGCUAGCUAUUUUUAUUAAGAUCCAGUAAUCCUCCUGUUAACGGAUUUGUAAUGAAUAAGACACCUUCAUCAGAAGGGAUGGCUGUUAAAGAAGUUAAGAAGGAAGCGAAGCAAUCGGAUGUUUUUGUAUUUGAUGAUAUAGCUUACAGAGAGGUGAUAUUUGACAAUUUGAAUAAAUUGCGCAAGAACAACCAGUUUUGUGAUGUUACUUUGCAGGUUGGAGCUUCUCAAGAUGUUAGGGAAAUCCAUGCUCAUCGUGCUGUGCUUGCUAGUGCUAGUCCGUAUUUGUUUGAUAUCUUUACUGCUGAAAGUAAAGGCACCAGCAAUCAGUAUAAAUUUACUGGAAGUUUUGAUUAUGAUGCCUUUGAAAGUCUUGUAAAUUAUGCAUAUACGGGCAGACUGGAAAUUCCCGCAAAGUUGGUGAAGGCAACAUAUGUUGCAGCAAGCAAACUGCGCAUGGCUUCUGCUGCAAAGCAAUGUGGCAAAUAUCUUGUGGAUAAUAUGACUCCAGACAAUUGUAUUAGCUUGCGAUCACUUGCUGGUAUUGCUUCUAACCCAGAUUUGCUGAAUAAAGUUGACAAUUACAUUCGCCAGAAAAUUGCUAAUGUCAUUAAAUCCAAAGAUUUUCUUGCCUUGCCGACUAUUCCUGUUGAAUUGUUACAAAAUAGUCUUGAAGAGAAAAAUGCUACAAAUUUGAAACACUUGUGUGAUAUGGUUGUGGAUUGGGUAAAGAUGAUGAUUGAUGACCAAAAUUACAGAUUUGAAGAUUUGGCUCAAAAGGUGCAUAUGCUAUACUUGAAUCCAGAUCGUACAUUGCAUGACUGCACUGAUAUAGAAAAUGGAGAUCUUCAAGAUUCUGAAGUUAUUCAAGAUUAUAAGAAACUGUCGAGUAAGCUUUCAGUUCAAAGCACUGGUAAACCCAGGAGCAAACCUGCCUCUCAAACUCCUGCCAAGCCUCGCCAGUUUCUUUUUACAAAAUCUGACUCGAGUUCAUCUUUAUCCUCUCAGUCGGAUGAGGAAGACAGUGAUUGGAAAGUUAUUGCUACAACAGUUAAUGGCGAAAAUAGCCUGGUUGGUCUUGUUUCUGGAGUUGGAAAACUUGUUGUAUUGUCAGUUGUACAGAGAGUGCAUUCUCCAAAUCAUAGCCCUAUUUCCUCUAGAAAUGCAUCGGUAGAAAAAAUUAGCACCUACUCUGUUGUCCCGCCUAUGAGUUCUGCUAGAUGCUCUGUUGGAACUGCUGAAUUAGAAGGAAAACUUCUUGUUUGUGGUGGCUAUGACCGAGGAGAGUGUUUAAAAACUGUUGAAUCUUAUGACUUCAAUACCAAUAAAUGGACAACCAUGCAACCAAUGAAAGUCCCUCGUGGAAGAUUCAAUGCUGCUGUGGUGAAUAACAAAGUAUACGCUGUGGGAGGUUGUGACGGACAAAAAGAUCUUGGAUCUGCUGAAUAUUGGGAUCCAGAAACUAAUUCUUGGAAGCAACUGCCUAGUCUUCCUGCAGUUCGAUCUCAUGCUGGAGUUUGUAGUAUGGACAAGAAAUUGUAUGUCAUUGGUGGAUGGAAUGGUCAACGUGGAUUAAAGCGAUGUGACAUCUUUGACACAGAAGCUUGUACUUGGUCCAGUAUCGCUCCAUUGUCAAUAGGUCGUUAUCAAGCUGGUGUUGGAGCUAUGAAUGGCUUUGUUUAUGCUGUUGGUGGUUGCGAUACUUGGAAUUGCUUGAGCUCAGUUGAAAGGUAUGAUCCUUCAGCAGACACUUGGGUGACAGUUGCUCCUCUUCAUACAGCACGACGUGGAUGUGGAGUUGCAGUAUUUAAUGGAAAAUUGUAUGCAGUUGGUGGGCAUGAUGGCAUUCAUUCUCUGUGCACUGUAGAGAUCUAUGACCCUGAAACAGAUUCCUGGAGUGCCGGACCUCCCCUUACCACUUGCCGAGCCAAUGUUGGUGUGAGUGUUGUUGGCAACCGUCUGUUUGCUGUUGGUGGAUUCACUGGAAAGACUUUUCUCAAUACAGUUGAAUACCUUGAUCCAGAAAAUAAUGAAUGGACUUCCUUUGUGCCCAAAGAUCAUGGCAGUUGUAAUUCUACUGCUGAGAAGAAUGGUACAUCAGACUGUGAUUCAGAGAGCAAUGGUAUGAAUGGAGAUUCCACUGCUGUAAAAAAUGGUGCAUUGAACUGUGAGUUGAGCAGCAAUGGUGGUGUAAAUGGAGAGCUGCAUGCAGAACAGGAGGUUCAUUGACGAAAAAUAGACUCUCAACAUCCAUUAUGAACGUUCCAUGCAGUUAACAAUCUCUUUACUCAAGAAAUUUGUUAUUGUCAGUACAUAUGUUUCUCAUCUUCUCAUUUUAUGUUGACUAUUAUUUCAAGUGAUGUAUUGUUUUUUUAAAUUUGUAUUUUUCAUUCUAAUGAUAUUGAAGUUAGGAUUCCUACCCGAUUAACUUCAAAAAGUGUUGCAUAAUAGGUCAUUCCAUGGUAGCAGUUAGUUACUGCAGCUGUAUUACUUUUAAUUCCAUUUCUUACUGAUUGUAAGUACAAUUUUUUUUUCUGCUAGAGAGUAUAAUGUAAUUUUUUUUCGUGCUCUUAAAUCCUAGUGCAAAAUAUUUUUGAUUAUAUAAACUUUUUGAAUGAAAUAAAACUUUUGGAAGUACCUCCUUUUCAAAAUUUGGUAAUAAUUAUAAAAUGUUUACACCUGGGAGAUAAUUUAUAUAACUUUUUAUUGAAAGAAAUGUGAGGUUUAUCUCCCUUUUCACUUCUUAAAACUUUGAAAAAAAAUGAAGAGGAACUUCUCACACUAUGUUUUUAUAUUCUUUGAUACAGUCAAAUGUUUGCUUGACUUAUUUUAUAAUCUGAUUUGUUGCACUGUUAAGAAAUUUGAUCCACCUGAAUGUAAGUCUCAGAAAUUGAAAUGUUUUUAACAAGCCACUUGAAUAAAUUUCAUUUAAUAAAGUGCAUUUCAAAUUUGA